ACACACAUCUUCAUUUACUAUGGCUUCCAAGUCCAAGUCCCGCUCGUCCAAGUCUGCCUCCAAGGCCAAGGGCAAGGCUAAGGCCUCGUCCUCCAAGGCCAAGGGCAAGGCUAAGGCCGCUGCCUCCAAGUCCAAGUCGAAGGCCAAGUCCUCGUCCCGCAAGUCCGCCCGCACCUCGGGCCGCUCGUCGCAGAAGGCUGCCUCCGGCGGCUGCUGCGGUGGCUCGGCUGCCGACUCGCGCCGUGGCUCGUCGCGCGCCUCGGGCAAGUCGUCCAAGGCCGCCAAGGGCAAGAAGGCUGCCAAGGCCGCCAAGGGCAAGGGCAAGGGCAAGGGCAAGAAGGCCGCUUCGUCGUCCGACGACUCGUCCGACGAGUCUGAGGAGUACUCCGAGGAGGACUCGGAGGACUACGACGAGUCCGAGGAGGAGGACUCGGAGGAGGAGUCGUCGUCCUAAUCGACCGACGUGCCAGCUUCUCUCCCGUGCCCCCGUGCAUCAGCGGGUGCGGGCCUUCUGACACGCUGGACUCUUCUCGCGUAGGGACCUUGCUGUCAUCGCCCGUGCAUUGAACGCUCUCUGUUUAGCCAA